UCCUUAGCACACUAUUGAUUUCUUCUCCCACCCUCUUUCUCUCUCUCUCUAGUCUACUGGAGCCUUGGAGAGCUGGACAUGUUUGCAAGGAGUCUAACCCAAGUUCUUGUGUGAGGUACCUCAGGAUAUGCCUGUAAGCCCGACCUGAAGUUUCUCUUCCACCAGAAGUCUGAAAAAACUCUGGAGAAAGAAGGGUGAAAUCAUCUGUCUCUCUCUCCCUCUAAUCUCCUUCCUUCCCUUAUCGCCAUGAGGACUCUACUCCUGAUACUCUCUCUCCAGCUUUGCUUGUCUUACUCUGUGGGCCCUCGCCAGUGGGGAGACAACUUCCCGGUCAGGCUAGGGAACUCUGAGGGUAAUGGGGGUGUCCAGGAUUGUUGGGUGUGCCACCAACACCCGCAAGGCGGCCCACAGGUGCGGCCUAAUGCAUUCUUUGCAAAGGCCCCAUUCCCACGGGUCACUAUCUCGUCCCUGGACGCCACUCCAUUUGUACUAGCCACCCCCCAGGGGAACUCCUCUGACCCGACUGCCCCCUGCUUUCUGGCUGGGAAAGAUCUCCUAUUUACACAUCACCACAACACAGAGACAGUGGUUGUCACCGUGGCCCAUAAUGGCCACGUUGACAUCCCUGAUGUGGGGACACUGACUUGUACCACCGAUACUGGGAGUGCAAGUGAGUGUGACCUCUCUGGAGCCUGCCGCAAUUUCACCUCGGCGACUUGUACCAGCUGCAUAGGUGGGUCUCAGGCUAGAUGCACCUAUGACUAUGGGCCUCCCCAAAGAGUAACUGUGGGGUAUCCGUUCCGGGCUUAUCCUGGCAAACUCACCCACAAUGCUUCUGCAGCACCUUCCUUGAAGCUUCUUCACAAUCUCCUGAAAACUAACAUUGGGAUCGAUAGAAUGUCAUGUAACUACAGUCAUCCUUGGGGACGAGCAACCAGGAGACGGCUACAGAAGCUGACCUCAGGCACCCUCUGUGCGCCAAAGGGAUAUGCUUUUCUCUGCAAAGUAAAUGCUCCUUUCUAUGUCAAUAUUUCCAAGGUUCCUGUUAAGAGGAAUGCCUCUGAUUGGGACCCUCCCCCACCCGUAAUUCUCUCCACCCGUUGCUUAACACCUUUCAAGCACUAUGGAGCCUGCACUCUGGGCCACUUAAGGGCUCCUUUCACUGUAUAUAAUGCUAGAACCUCAGACACAGCCCCCACCCCUUCAAGGAGACAGAAGCGAGGAUUUUGGGAAAAAGUUCUUCGGUUCUUAAGGGAAGGCUCGGCAAAGCUCGUUCCCUGGUCGGAAUACUUUGAACAGGAGGACUUUCUUGCCAACCUUACUGCCGCAAUGCACCACCAGGCCAACACAUCCUAGGGAAAGCUGUUGGAUAUUUCUGAGAGACUCCUUACCCCCACCCCCAGUCUUCCUCUGGGUGGGGUUCCUGGCUAUGGUCUCUACUAACUACUAUACUAACUCACUCCUAAUGAUUAUUUUUUUUACUCAUAUCAGGCUCCUGCAUUUUCAAACUGCUCUUGAGAUUUUUUCCCUCCAGGCGCCAAGCUAGGACUUUUCAACUGCUCCUUCAGCAUGGAGAUUGUGGGACGACCGACUGGGACACACAACACCCCUUGGAUGCUGAUGCGCCUUCAGCUCCCUCCUGGCACGAACCCCCAGGGAACUUAGGGCUAUCUCGGCAACCCUUGUCAGCUUGAAGCAAUUACAGAAGAAUGAGACCUUCGCCCCUUUACCCUAAAUGAAUUUGAGGGGGACUGCUUGAGGGGGGGAAAUGAUGGGGGUGAACCUAAAACUAGAUUUGGAGUCUGGGAAAAAGCCUACUUUCCCAGACAAGUCCUUCCCGAGUUAAGCAUCAUCCUCAUUCAAUUGGAGAUCUUGGUCAGAUCAUCCUCCAUUGAUCUUUUGGGCGUUUCCCCGAUCCCCUUCAGGAAAUUCCAGACUCUGGGACAAAAGCCUUCAAAAUGAUUUCAUACAUCAUUUUCAUACGUCAAAGAUUUACACAUAAAACAGGGGUCUAUUUACACACUCUUUGUAAACUUCCUCAUGAGAGAGCUUCUUAGUGAACAAUAAAACUUUCUUUUUUGCCACAGA